AACAAGCGCACCCGGAGCACAUAACCACCCAGAUCAGAACUAGCGGCUACAGGCGGAGAACAACAAACGCAGUGUUAUUGAAUUACGAAAGAAGCGCAACCACAAGCCAUCAAUUUACCGCUGUGAUGGGGCGGUUAUUAAAAAUUGGACUUCUGUCCCUAAUUAUUAUGUUUCUGCUGAAUUUUGAAUCAACUUCUGCUAAAAGAGGCAGUAGCAGCAGCAGCAGCAGCAGCAGUGGAAAGAAAUCCACAACGUCCAACCGAGGAAGUCAAACCCAAUCAAAGCCAUCAAACUCUCAGCCCGGAAACUACCCUCGACAGCAGAGCCCCAAUCGCAACACCAAUCCAUAUCCUUCUGGAGGGAGUUACCCGUAUCCUGGAAGUAAGAAUACUAAUCCAGGUGGGCAUAACAGGCAAAAUCCACCAAGUUAUCCAGGAGCAGGGAGCAACCCAAAUCAGUAUCCAGGAGGGAACCCUGCAGGAGGCUACCCUGCAGGAGGAUACCCUAAUCAACCAGGAAGAGGAAAUUAUCCAAAUCAAAACCCAGCAGGAGGCUACCCUGCAGGAGGCUACCCUGCAGGAGGUUACCCUGCAGGCGGAAACCCUAAUCAACCAGGAAGAGCAAAUUAUCCAAAUCAAAACCCUGCAGGAGGCUACCCUGCAGGCGGAUACCCUGCAGGAGGCUACCCUAAUCAACCAGGAAGAGGAAAUUAUCCAAAUCAGAACCCAGCUGCUGGCGGCUACCCAGCUGGUGGAUACCCCAACCAAGGCAGAGGAGGGUAUCCUAACCAGUACCCUGCUGGAGGGAGUUAUCCCAAUCAGUACCCAGGUGGUUAUCCAGUCAGAACGGGAAAUACAGGGCCUGGUUGGGGUCCCGGAGCAGCAGGUGGCUACCCAGGUGGUUACGGCGGUGGAUACGGCGGUGGUUACGGCGGUGGUUACGGCGGUGGUUACGGAGGUGGAUACGGCGGUGGAUACGGUGGAGGAGCAGUUGGCGGUUACCCUAACUGGAACCCAAAUAAUAAAAUCCUCAGCCCAAGGUUCGGUGGCGGAGGUUAUGGAUAUGGUGGCCAUGGCAUGGGAGGAUCUCCUUUCUCUCGUUCUGUGCAGGGCAUGGGAAUUCAGCCCAAAUCAACAAGCUUUGCCAAAAAAGCCAUGGUAGCAGCAGGUGUCGGUGCAUUAGCUGGAAUGGCUGUCGGUUAUGGGCUAGGGCGCUUCCCUCGACCACAUUUUACCUUCCGUAACCCCGAAGAAGAAUACUAUUACAACAACUAUAUGUACCGUCGUUAUGGGACCAAGUCAACAGAUGAGAAAGACUAUGGGCGGGACUAUGUCUACAAGCCUCCUCCACGGGCCAAGACCUAUGAGAACUACAUGAAUGAGUGCAUGAAUCGCACUGACGUCCUCAAAGACCAAGGCUCAUCCAACAGUGGAGCAACUGAUGAGGAUAACGACACCGUGAGCAUUGAGGAAAUUGGGUACCCGGCCCUGAUCGACCAAGUCAAGUCCCGCCGCUGCGUGGAGGAGUACAUGAAGUACUCUGCACAGUUCAUGGAGGAACGAAAGUUUGAACAACAGCAACAGCCAAGAGGUAGCGCUCCUAUGAGCAAUGGGGUGGUGCAGCUUUUCACAUCCGGCUUCAUGCUUCUGUCCAGCAUGCUGCUACUGCAGUGAGGAAGAAGAAAAGGAUUCCUUUCAGCCACCUCCCAAAUAGAUUUCCCCUGCUUCCAUUAUAGCUGUAACAGUAACAGCCUGUGUAUCGAAUCUUUACAGUCGAAGCGAUAGCUUCUGGAUUGUUACAGUCAAUUUUUCUGCAAAAGUAAAGUAAUCUGGAUUAAGUUUUAAAUACACGGCUUUUCAGAAUAUAUUUCAUUUACUGCAUUUUUGUUUUUAAUCCUUAAUGCUUGGUGAAGAAGAAAGCUACUGAUGGAAUUGAUGGUAUGAAUUAUUAAUAUUGAAAAUAGAUAUGCUGUAUUGUUUGUCAAAAUCUGUUUGAGUAAAUUCAUUUGUGGAGUAAUUUCUAAAUUAUGUAAUUAGUGUAUUAUAUAUCUUCAAGAGGAAUCCUUUUUGAGAAAAUGUAUUUACAUUUUAGCUGUUGAGAUUUCCCUUUUCUCCUCUCUUGCAAGACUUUGCUCUUACAUAAGUUUGUGUAUGGAAGAAAAAUAGAGGUCACAGCUGUGACUAAAUAGUCCAAAUAAACCAACUCUUUGGACCGGAAACACUUGACUGCCCUCCUGAUCCCACUGAAGCCCAAAUCAAUACUCAAG